GAAGAGACCUGCUCUCGAUCAAGUAUGGCUGCACAGUUCGGGCAAAGAGCUCUGCUGCGGACCUUCCGCGUCCAUGUAAGUGACAGCGAUAGCCGGCGCAUAGUAUGGCCGUCCUGCUCAGCUUUGAGGCAAUAUAUAUACUCUGCCAAACAGAAGGCUUCUUCUCCCUUCGGCCUCGUCGCCAUGGCGCGAACAUACAGCUCUGAGGCAAAGGACGACCUGCUGGUGAAGUACCUUGACGGACAAGAUUACGGUAUCGUGGUUGUUGGGAUCAAUCGACCAAAAGCCAAAAAUGCCAUAAGCAAGAAUCUGGUGAAAAUGAUGUCUGAAGCUGUGGAGAAUAUCAAAAAGAAUAACAGAGUACGCAGUGUCAUUUUAUGCAGUUUAGUUCCAGGGAUCUUCUGUGCAGGAGCAGACCUGAAAGAGAGGGCUAAAAUGCAUCAAAGUGAAGUUGGACCGUUUGUUUCAAAAGCAAGGGCACUAAUAACAGAACUGGGUAACCUGCCAAUGCCAACAAUCGCUGCAAUUGAUGGAGCUGCAUUAGGAGGAGGUUUGGAAAUGGCCCUGGCUUGUGACAUCAGAGUUGCGUCCGAUUCUGCCAAAAUGGGACUCGUCGAGACCAAACUUGCUAUUAUUCCUGGAGCAGGUGGUACUCAGCGCCUCCCUAGGGUGAUUGGCGUGUCUCUUGCUAAGGAGCUCAUCUACACAGCCCGGGUGGUAGAUGGAGUUGAGGCCUGUCGCCUUGGUCUCGUCAGUCACUCUGUGGAGCAAAAUAAAGUUGGAGAUGCUGCUUAUCUGCGAGCUUUGGCGCUUGCUCGUGAGAUUAACCCUCAGGGUCCAAUUGCAGUCCGGAUGGCAAAACUAGCCAUCAAUCAGGGUAUAGAGGUGGAUCUGUCUACUGGCUUGGCAAUUGAAGAGGCUUGUUAUGCCCAGGUGAUCCCAACUAAAGAUCGAUUGGAGGGUUUGACUGCCUUCAAGGAGAAGAGAAUUCCUAACUUCAAAGGAGAGUAAAAAGCUCCUGUAAACUCUCCAGAGUUCUGCCUUAAGAUCUUCUGUACGACUGCUUCAACAUGUGGAAGUGUACACUUCAGCGCAUUAACUUGAACUGGAACUGAAGGGGAUCCACUAGCCUGGCGAGUGACAGGUUAGAUCCUGGUAGGUCAGAAUGCUAAUAAUGUCCUUAAACACACCACUAACAAUUUAUCAGUCAUAUUUACAGUCUGAUUCUCAGUACCACACGUCCAAAAGCCAUUAAAGUAGUAUGAAGUUAUUGUUUUCAAUUUGUGGAAAUAUUUCUGUCUACUAUUAAAAACACACUGUGAUUUCA